AUGACUUUUGGAGUGAUUCUUCAUAGUGUUUCACGAUCUAUCGUGCGUCGCUUUCCCCAUAGUAACGUAAUCUUUACCAGUUAUGGUACUGCUAUUGUAAGGGGUUUACGAUGUCGACAAUUUCAUCGAUCUCUUCCUCUUCAGAUAGAGCUGAAUCCAUCAAAACCACUCUACAGCAUGGAACACGCAUUUGAAGAACCAACAUUUCGUUUUAUUUGUGAAGGUUUGGAUAUAGAUUAUAAAGAAGAGGUUCGAGCUGCUCUCUUGGAAGUGAUGGCCCCAAGACCUUCAUGUUUUGUUUACCGCUCUGAUGAAUCAUGGGUAAAGGAUAACACUUCAAAUCACACAGUUCAACUUCUUCGAUCUCUUGCCAAAAAACGAUUACUUUCAUUUGCGCAAGUGAAAUCUACUCCUCAGCUUUUUUCUGCUUUCUUUGAAACCGUGGCCAUGUGCAAUACUGCACUGGCUCUUGUUGCUGCAGAUCAUUUUACAUUUGCUGCAAUGAUAGCAAUUCAUGGAACCAAAGAAAUACAAGAAAAAGUGCUAGAUGGUAUCGAUAAUUGUAGUAUUAUUGGUUCUAUUGCACAUAGAGAGCUUAUUGCAGAAGGGGUACCACUAAAUACAGAAGCACGUUAUGACCAGAAAGAAAAUUGUUUUAUUUUAAGAGGAACAGGAAAAUUUGCAGUGGUUUCAGCAACUGGCGCAGAUUGGGUUAUUGUUACAGCAACUCUUACUCUUAACAAACAAGACAACCACGGUCCUCAAGUAUUUGUAGUGAAUCUAAGGGAGAAAGGUAUUUUAAGGAAAGGUGUGAGUAUUAGACCUAUACAGGGGGAACACCCAACAAUGAGUGCGAGUGGAGUUGGUGUUAUUCACUUUGACAACAUUCAUCUACCCGUUACUUCGAUGUUACUUCCAUCUCAAAUAGUAAAUGGAAAAUUUUCAACAAUAGGGGAUGUUAAUACUCUAACAUCAAUUCAGGCAUUAACAUUACAAAUGCGAUUAGCUACUUCGGCAAUUUAUGCUGGUACACUUAAGAAGUUAUUAACAAAUGUUGUUCAUUUUAUUGCACAAAAAUAUAUUGUGGGUCCAGAUGGACAACGUAAUUAUCCAUUUUUUGGUGUACAACAUGUACAAACACCUCUAGUAAAAAUAUUGGUUAAAUCCUAUGUUUAUUUAACAAAUUGGAGACGAAUACUACCAUCAUUUACAAAUUUAAAAAUGAAACAACCAAAAUAUGAAGAUGAAAUGAUAUUAGCAGGAACUAUUCACUUCUUACAAGAAAGUCUUUUAGAGUUACACUGGUUUGCAGAUAGUUUUAUGGGAGUUCAUGCAUCUCUAGGAAGUACGGGAAAUAGUGAAAGUAUUGCAGUAGUACAUUUACGUCAAGAAGGAGUAGAUCAGUCAUCACUAAUACGUGAAGUUGCAUUUAGAUCUGUUACAAAAAAUAUUGGUACCAGUCACUGGGGAUGGUGGCUUUCAAACAUAUUAGAACCAUUUAAUUCAGUUGACAGGUUUGUCAAGAAUCCUUUUUACUCUCCCCGAGUUGCAGAUCUUGGGAGACAUUUAAUGUUCUUUAGUCACAAACAUUAUCGAGCUAAAAAGCAGUUACGACAGUCACGUGAGAUUGAACGUCGAAAAGGUGGAUCAGAGCAUCAGUGGUAUGAUUGGGUGAUGUUUAGACACCAAGAGGUACUUCACUGUGGUGAGGCAUACAUGGAAAUGCACUCUAUGGAGAUUAUGAUGGAUGAAACUCAAGCAUGUACUGACCCGAGAGGAAGAAAAAUAUUGAGAGAUAUUGGGUGGAUUUUUGCGCUUGCGCGACAACAAGAUCGCUUGGAUUAUAUUUUGGCACAUCAGAUGAUAACUCCUGGGAAGUCUUUCAUUCUAGGAUCUCACAUUGAUAAUCUCGUUACGGUUUUGGCACCACAGUGUGUGAAUCUUGUGGAUGCUUUUCAGGUUCCAGAGGAGUUCCGUGCCCCCUGCGCGGCUAACGAUAUGGAACCCUACUGGACUAUACCAGGAACAAAUACUGGUAUUCAACGUGGGGAUAAGGUGAUACCACGUCAAGAAAAGAAAUCUGCGGGAGAAAGUAAAACUGAACAAGAGAAAAUGCAGGAAUCCGAUGAAGACUUUGAUCUUUUUCAUGGAUUAGCAGAUGAACCUUCAUUUGCCCAAAAGAGAUGA